CAGGUAGAGCGAGCCUGCCUACCUAAUCCAACAGCCUGCCCCUCCCCUCUCUGUCCCGAUAGUUACCUAUACCUGCGAAGUGUAGCGUGGGGAGCAAGAGAAGGACAGACCAGCAGCCGAGAAACCGGAACCAGGUCGAGCCCGUCCAGCACGCAAUGGCAUCCCACUCCUUUAAGGGCCCCGCGCCACAGGAGCACGACGGCCGCGGCUUGCGCAUCGGCAUCGUGCACGCCCGCUGGAACAUCUCCGUCGUCGAGCCCCUCGUCAGGGGCACCAAGGAGAAGCUGCUCGAGUGCGGCGUCGCCGAGUCCGACAUCGUCAUCCAGUCCGUCCCGGGCUCCUGGGAGCUGCCCAUCGCCGUCCAACGGAUGUACGCAGCCUCGCAGAUCCAGUCGUCGCGGUCGAGCGGGGGCUCGUCGUCGGCGGGCGACCUGCUGGGCAGCUCGACGGCGGACCUGAGCGCGACGGCGGCGACGGCGGCGGCGACGACGACGCGGCGGCCCUUCGACGCCAUCGUGGCCGUCGGCGUGCUCGUCAAGGGCGAGACGAUGCACUUCGAGUACAUCGCCGACGCCGUCUCGCACGGCCUGAUGCGCGUCGGCCUCGACCUCGGCAUCCCCGUCGUCUUCGGCGUCCUCACCGUCCUCGACGAGCACCAGGCCCGCGCCCGCGCCGGCCUCACCGCCGGCCCCGGCUCCCACAACCACGGCCUCGACUGGGGCCUCGCCGCCGUCGAGCUCUCCGUCAAGCGCGGCGCCUGGGCCCAGGGCAGGAUCGAGUAAAAAGGGGGGAGGG